CCCUCAGUGUGGCAGCAGCCGUCAGAGCAGGAGGGUGUGCUGCCCGUCGCUCCGUGCCUGUGACUCAUUGUGACGCUUACCUUUCUGGAGUGAAAUUAAAACUUGCUCUUAUCUUUACACGCUGGGCAAGAGUGACGGAGAGAAAGAAAGAGAGAGAGAGUGCGAAAGAGAGAAAUAGCACUGAUACAUUGAGAUAGAGAUAAUUAAAGAUAAUAGAGAAAAUAUGCGAAUUUUUUUUUUCUCUAGUACGUAAAUGUUUGUCUCCCUUCGUGCGUUCGUGAGUGACUUUCGUGAAUGACUGAAGGAAUUAAUACAGUGAAUAGUGAUUGGUCAGGUCAAGAGUACUGUGACCUUGCCUGUGUGACCUUACUCUGACACGCUUCCAUACCAGGUCACAAACACUACUACUACUACUACUACUACUACUGCUACUACUACUACUACUGCUACUGUUGUCGGUGCUGGGAACAAAAUUGACCGCAGAAGCAUCAGGCCAUUGAGAACCACUUGCAUCCCACCGCUGCCACCAUUGUUCUCUUCAGUGCCACAAGUAUAAGGACAGUGCCAGGAGAGUGCCGAGACGCAUACGGGCGGUAGAGACAAAGGAUCGUCGGGUGCCAUCUAUCCCAAGUGCCACACCCUACACGCCCCAUGCCUUGCCGCGCCACGCCUCCCCUCGCGACGGUGGAACAUUUUAUUGCCCUCUGCGCCCCCAAAUUCUCACCGGAUCAGUGAAUUUACGGACUCAGACGCUGGAGGAGGGAAUUAGAUUAUCCAGUCCUGUGAUCUGCGCGUUUCCCUCUCCGCCCUACACCCCAGACGCCCAAGAUACACCCCGCCCUACACCCCGUUCUUCACCCCAGCACAGAUACACCCCACCUCUUCACCCAGUCACAGAUACACCCCGUUCUUCACCCCAGCAUCCUAGAAACACCUCGCCUCUACACCCCAGUACAGAUACACCUUUCUACACUCUCUUUGGAAUCAGAAUCUAAAAGGAACUAAAUAGAGGAUCGAGAAACUAAACAGGAUCAAAGACUUAACGGACACAAAAGGAAGUCAACGGUACACUAACGGUACACCAACGAUACACCAACGGUACAUCAACAGAUUCCUGAAGGUGCACGCUACAGGCAGGUCUCCUUUGCCGCUUCAGGCUGAGAAUGUGUACCCAGGGGCGGCGUGGCUUGACCAGAUAGCGGUGCCCUUGCCAAACACCCCCACACACCAUGGACCCACACACACCCACACCCCCUACACCAAAACACAGAUAUUUUUCUACCACACCUCAACCCACCCCUGGAACAACCCUGAGGGCGUCACGGGGGCAAAGCAUCACGGGGAGAGGCUUAACACUUACCCUGGGGUCCAAAAAUGCCUCGCCUUUUCACAUAUUUAUCCUAACACUCCUACUACUGCUGGUGCCACAAACAGGAUGCUUCAGUGACCCAUCCUACGCCACCCAGCGCCUCUCAGCCUCCUCCUAUGAGACCUACGAGCAUGAACUGUGGCUGGAGGAGUCUGGGGCCUUCGUGGUACAGUGGACUCCAAGGCAGGACGAUGUGGAGUUUAGAGUGAUAGCGAGAACUACUGGAUACCUUGGCUUUGGUCUCUCCUCCAAGCCUAGAAUGGAUGGUGCGGAUAUUGUUGUCGGGUGGGUGCAUUCUGGCAAGGCGUACCUGCAGGAUCGUCACGGCAGAGGGAACAAGGAGCCAGCGGUGGACCAGCAGAGGGACUGGCUUCUAGUUGGUGGCUAUGAAAAUGACACACACACGGUCCUCAUCAUGUCACGACCUUACAACACAUGCGACAGUCAUGACCACGUGAUAUCGAACGACACUGUGCGACUACUAUGGGCGUACCACCCUGACGACCCAGUGGACCCGGAGAGCCCGCGUCCACGCCUGCACUACCACGGGGGAACACGCAGGGGGAGCAGAACCAUAUUUUUAUUGGAAAGGGGCCACAAGACUCCAGUGAGAACAUUUCCUUACUAUCUCCCUGGCGCUGGUCGUCCUCCUUCUCCUCCUCCGAGCCUCCCCCAUGCCACACCAACCUCCCACCACCACCACCAUCACCACCACCACCGCCACAACCCCACCACGCACUCCUGGGUACUCACUAACCCCGGGGUGGUGGUGCAGGAGAAGGAUGACACGGUGUAUUGGUGUAAAGUGUUCCGCAGACCUGACCUUGUGCAGAAAAAUCAUGUUAUUAGGUACGAGCCAGUGUUUACUCCAGGGAACGAGAAAUACGUGCACCACAUCAUUGUAUACGAGUGCACAGACUUGGCAGAGGAGCAGCAGGAGGUGUUUGAGGGGCUGGCGGCGUCUGCAGGGAGUGGGUGCUACGAGAAGGAGAUUUUGCAGCACAUUGAAACUUGUAAUCACGUUGUGGUCACCUGGGCUGUCGGCUCUGAGGGUCUGUCACUCCCCCCCGAGGCUGGCUAUCCCCUCACUCCCCGGGGACCCAAAUACUACAUGAUGGAGACGCACUAUGAUAACCCCGAGGGACAUCGCUUCAAGGACGAGUCUGGAAUUAAAAUCACGUACACACACGAGAUCAGAUACCACGAUGCAGGUGUGCUUAGUGUGGGUUUGGAUCCUAACUGGAAGCAUCUGAUCCCACCCAAGCAGAGAACAGUGCUGUCUGAGGGGCAUUGUGUCGGGGAGUGCACCCAGCUCGUCUUCCCCCCCUCCGGUAUCCACGUGUUUGCCGUCAUCCUGCACACACACCUGUUGGGAAGGAAGGUUCGAGUGAGACACCUGAGGAACGGAAGGGAGCUUGAACCAAUAGCGCAAGAUAACAAUUACGACUUCAGCUACCAGGAAUACAGAGCGUUGCAUCGGCCUCGUACUGUGUUGCCCGGCGACCAUCUGAUAGGGGAAUGUACAUACAACAGCAGGGAACGCUCGUCUAUUACUCUAGGAGGCUUUAAAACACGAGAUGAAAUGUGUCUCUCUUUUUUGUUCUACUGGCCUCAAGUUAAUCUGUCUCUGUGCCACUCGAAGCCCUCGCUGAAGACUGUACUGCACUCCCUGGGCAUCAAAGAGCUGUCUGCCAAUUCCAACCCCAUCACUAUUCGCCGACCUAUGGAGCUAGCUGGAAAGACUCUGGAAUGGCGACUUAUGAACUACGACUGGAAGAGCCAAUUUGAGAACUUCCAGCACACCACACACACUGGAACCUACAACCCCAUGUGCUGGAACAGAGGAGAGAGCAUCAUUCCUCACAUAGAGGAGGAGGACCUGCAGUACCCGAACAUCACGGACCCUUGGGCGGCGGAGAACGUGUGUCGCCGGCGGAAGCGAAAGAAUAGACGCCGCAAGAACAAAGUCGGGCGAGGACGACCCCACCUCGAGGACGAGGAGGCGGUGGAAGACGAGGAGGACGAAGAGGAAGGCGGUGACGAAGGCGAAGUGAUGUUUGACGACCAGAUCAACCACAGGACCAUCGAGAGGGUGGACGUGGAUCCCUUCGGCCACCGCCACCUCUUCAUGCCGGUGCUGGAGGGGCGCGGCGAGGGCGGCGAGGGCGUGGAAAGCGUGCAGGUCGCUGCCGCCCCCGAGGCGAACCCCGAGGAGGAGAUGAAGGAGCUGGAGGAGGAGAUAGAAGCGGAUCUGGAAAUGGAGUUGGCGGGGAAGGAGAGGACGGCGCCGCGGAACAAGAUGGGCGUGGCGGGCGGCUGUGGGCGUGUGUCUCUGCACUGGACGUUGUGGGUGUGGGCGUGGUGCCUGUGGGCGGUGGGUGCCAGCCGCGGCCUGGCGCCCAGACAGGGUUGAGGCGCUGCUGAGGGCGUGAGUGCACCGGUGACCUCAGACUCGUGCACGGCUUGAGUCACGGCGUCGCUGCAGGAAGGUCACACGGCGCCGGCUGGAGAGGAGGCGAGUCAGUCACUCACCUCACUCACUCACUCACUCAGUUAGUCACCAGUGUUGCCCGGACGCUUCUUUCUUCAGGUUCACUUCAAGCGCCGCGCCGCGCCGCCGCACCGCCGCGCCGCAACGCCGCAAUGGGGCCGCCGCAACGCCGCAAAGGGGCCGCCGCGGCUCUGUGUUCGCGUGUCGCAGGGCCGCCCCUCCUGCCUUAGCGCCUCCGUGGAGGGCCUUGCCGCUGGCCGGGGCGCGCGUCUGUGUGUGUGCAAGUGUUCGAGGGCGUGGCGUCACGAGGGGAGUGUGGGGGAAGGGGGGGCAGGCACACACGCGUCCCCCCACCGCGCACCGCCUCCCCGCCGCGGCGCCGCACCUCCGCUACGUUCCAGUGCCUCAUUUUGUACAUUAUUCGCUUCUGUGUGUUGCCGAGGGGCGCCGCGUCCACCCCUCCCGUGUACCUCCCGCCGCGACGCAAGUGUGUGUACGUCAGUCAGUCAGUCAGUGCGUCAGUGAGUCAGUGGGGCGCGUGCGUCAGUGUCAGUGGAGAAGCGGCCAAGCUGCAGUGAAGCCGCCGCCGCGCCGCUGGUCCUCGCGUCGCUGUCUCGAAUUAACACGACUCGCGAGAAGAAGAGAUUAUUUUGUUUAUUAGGAGCAAGACUCGCCUUGUGUUGUGCUGUGUGGCGCCCAGGUAACAAGCUUGGUGUUGUGCAGGUGUGUUGUGCAGGUGUGUGCGUGUGUAUGUGUGUGUGUUUGCGCGUGUGUGUGCGCGUGUGCGUAUGCGUGUGCGGCGUAGCGUCUCUCUCGUGUUUUACAUUUAGAAAAAUAAGAAAUGCUCGCCUAGGAAUUGUGCAUAGAUGCCUCACAACACUUCAGCAACACCAACACCAUCAUGUCCAUCUGUUCUCACCACCAUUAUCACCAUUAUUAUUACCAUUACUAUUAUUACUACUACUACUACUAUUAUUAUCAUUAUUAUUGUUAUUAUUAUUAUUAUUACCGACAUUUCUACUGCUAAUUCUCUUUUAUUUACGGUUUGUUUGCUCAUCUGGUCUUUUCCAUUGUUCAUUUAAUUUCCAACACCGAUAAAUUAUUUCUAUACACAA